GGUAUAAAAUCCAACCCAAGCCGUCCAUGAUUGUUCCAAUCCCACCCAAUCCGAUGGAGGCAACGCUGCUGCUCUCCGCCGACGCCACCCUCGCCCGCCGCGGAUGCUGCCCCUCUCCGGUCGCGCGCCCCGGGCGGGCUCUGCCGGGCCGCCGGGCCGCGUCCUGCAGGUCCGUCCGCGCGCACGCUGCGUCUGCGUCUGCGCCCGCGGCGGGAGGCGUCACCGGGCAAAACAACGGAGUGUACACUGUUGGCGACUUCAUGACGAAAAGGGAAAAUCUCCAUGUCGUAAAACCUACAACCUCCGUUGACGAAGCGCUCGAGCUGCUGGUGCAGCACAGGAUCUCUGGUUUUCCUGUUAUUGACGACGACUGGAAGUUGGUUGGCGUUGUUUCGGAUUAUGAUCUAUUAGCAUUGGACUCAAUGCCAGGUGGAUUGGCUGAUACAAAUACAAGCAUGUUUCCUGAUGUUGAUAGCACCUGGAAGACAUUCCGUGAGAUACAAAGACUAUUAAGCAAAACUAAUGGCAAAGUCAUUGGUGAUGUGAUGACUUCUUCACCUCUUGUGGUGCGUGAAAAUACUAAUCUCGAUGCUGCUACAAGGUUGCUACUUGAAACAAAAUACCGCAGAUUACCUAUAGUUGAUAGCAUGGGAAAACUAGUUGGGAUGAUAACAAGGGGAAACAUCGUCAGAGCUGCCCUCAAAAUAAAGAAGAAAGCUGAAGAAGGUGCUUGAACCGGAUAGCAUAGAUUAUUCUUUAUAAACCCACGAUUUGCAGUUGAACCUGCAGGAAUUUGGCUUUCAACUCAUUGAAACAUUGAUUGGUGAACUUCGUCACUACUGUAUACACUGAGAAUGAAACUGCAAAUUCUCCCUGGAGAAUAAUAGAUGGAUAUGGUGUUGUCUACAGCUUAAUAUAAGUUGCAAAGAGCUGUGAUAUAGUUUCAUGCAAGGACUAUUACAAUUCAUUUGAGGAACCGUACUUGGUUCCCUCUCAAUAUUAGGUAGUACUAGUGUAGUAGUAGUGUGUAGAUGUUCCACUGUUUUUUAAGGUCUUGUAUUCAUGAACAUUUCACAUUGAUUAAGUGAAAUUUAGAGCUUGUGAUAUGUUGAAAACA